UUUACAUUGUUUAUUUUUUAUUUUUAUUCUUUUAGCAUGCUAAGGUCUCAUUUGAAUUUUGUUUUGGUGUUUCUUAAUUUAAUUUUCUUGUGUUUAUGGGUUUCAUUUACUUGUGUUUGUUUUAUGUUUACUUUCUAUCUCUGGUCUAACAUUUACCUGCAUGUUUGCACUGUCAGCUGCACCACUCACCCACGGUUAGAAUAACUACUCCGGGAUUAUUUUUGGUGUUCUUGGAUUUUUAUUUGCUUCAUUAAUUAAUUUCUUAAUUAUUUGCUUAUACUAUUCCUCACCAUGACUGAGGAACUACAAGCACGUGUAAAAAUGCUUGAAGCUGAAAACCAGGCCCUGCGCACUAAGCAUGAACAUGCUAGUACUGCAUCUAUUCCAGAGAUAGCCGCCUCCACAUGUAGGGUUGCAGUCAAGCUUCCACCGUUUUGGUCCGAUAGGGUGGCUAUAUGGUUCGAACAAGCUGAAGCCCAGUUCCUAUUGGCAGGGAUAACAACAGAUAUCACCAAAUAUAGUUACAUCCUUAGUCAAAUUGAUACAAAGAUAGUUGGAGAAAUCGAACACAUAUUUAUCAACCCGCCAGCAGAAGGCAAGUAUGAAAAACUCAAAGAAGCUUUAAUGAAAAGGUUUUCAAUAUCUGAAGAGCAACGGUUGAGACAGCUGUUGAGUGAUGAGGAACUUGGUGACAGAAAACCUUCCCAGUUCCUCCGUCACCUCAGAUCCAUUGCUGGGAAAACUCUAUCGGAUGACAACAUCUUACGCCAACUUCGCCGUUUGCCCCAACAUGCACAGAGCAUCCUUGCCACUCAAGCAGAUUUAACACUGGAUAAGGUAGCAGACAUAGCGGACAAAAUUAUGGAAACCGAGCCAACACGGGUAAAUGUUUUUGCUACAACAGGAGCUCCUACUCUCAACAGUUUGCUCGAACGAUUAGAGGAGUUGAGCAGUCAAGUCGCCGCUCUGAGGACAGAUCGGUCCCGAGCUCCAAGCCGUAGCAGACAGUCCUCACGUAGUAAUACUCCGGACCGAGGCGCAAGACUUUGCUGGUACCAUCGAAAAUUCGGUUACAGAGCUACGAAAUGCACCUCACCAUGCAGCUGGCAGUCGGAAAACCCAAGGAGCAGUCAGUAGCGGCGGCGACUGAUUGUGAAAACAGCCAACCUCUUAGCCGUCGCCUCUUUAUAACUGACCAAGUUACAAAGCGGCAGUUUCUAAUUGAUACCGGGUCGGACCUCUGCUGUUACCCCCAUCGUUGGCUCACCAGUCGGAGGAAACCUACCGACUACGACCUUUGCGCCGCCAACGGUAGCAGCAUACAGACUUUCGGCACAAUAACGCUAACACUAAACUUUCGUCUUCGUCGUCAGUUCACCUGGACAUUCAUCGUUGCUGACGUUAAUAACGCGAUUAUUGGUUCAGACUUUUUAGCGUAUUAUCACCUCCUUCCCGAUUGCCGCACUAAGCGCUUGAUAGAUGGUGUCACAAACCUCUCAGCCCUCGCCUCCACCGCGAUGUCAGAACAACCUAGCGUCAAAGCUGUUGCUCCUUCAAACUCUGGUUUUGGUCAUUUACUUAAUGAGUUUCCAGAAAUAACUCACCCUCCUGGUUGCCCUAGAACUAUUAAGCAUGAUACUGUGCAUUUCAUUAAAACAACAGACGGGCCUCCUAUUUCUUGUCGUCCUCGCCGUUUAGCACCUCAAAAACUGAAGUCUGCUAAGAAGGAAUUUGAAGAAAUGGUUCUAUCCGGUACGGCCCGACCAUCCAAAAGUGCGUGGUCAUCUCCCCUUCAUAUGACCCUAAAGAAAGACAGCACCUGGCGUCCUUGCGGAGACUACCGUGCGCUGAACGCCCGUACAGUACCCGACCGGUAUCCUGUCCGGCACAUUAAUGACUUCACCCACAAUCUCAUAGGCUCCAAAAUUUUCAGCACAAUUGAUCUUGUCAAGGCAUACCACCAAAUUCCGGUUUCAGAAGAAGACAUCCCAAAGACAGCUAUUAUUACCCCCUUUGGCCUCUUCGAGUUCCCCUUCAUGACCUUCGGCCUUCGCAAUGCUGGCCAGACCUUCCAGCGGUUUAUUGACGAGGUCACACGGGGCCUCGAUUUCUGUUUUCCGUACGUAGAUGACAUCCUCGUCCACUCCACAGACGCCGACCAUCAUCGCGAGCAUUUACGCAUCCUCUUCGGCCGGUUACGGGACUAUGGUGUGGUGAUAAAUCCUUCCAAAUGUGUUUUUGGUGCACGUGAGGUGACAUUUCUAGGAUUUCACAUUAGUCCCGAGGGCACCAAACCCCCCCAAGAUCGUGUGCAAACCAUCAUCGACUUUCCGCCCCCUAAAACCGUCCAGGGUGUGCGGCGUUUUCUCGGAAUGCUUAAUUAUUAUCGGCGAUUUCUUCCAAAAGCUGCAUUGUUUCAGGCGCCCCUCAUAAAAGCGGUUAUUGCUACUAAAGGCAAAGGUGCAAAACCAUUUACAUGGUCACCCGAACUGCUACAGCAACUAGACGACUGUAAAAAGAGUCUAGCCUCCGCUACUCUACUGCAUCAUCCCGUAAGCAAUGCUCCCCUUGGUUUGUUUACAGAUGCCUCUAGUGUCCAUAUCGGAUCCUGCCUCCAACAAGAGGUUAGUGGCAAGUGGGUACCUAUUGCCUUUUUCAGCAAAAAGCUGACCCAACAACAAGCACAGUGGCCGGCUUAUUAUCGGGAACUAUUGGCGGUGUACGAAAGCGUGCAGCACUUCCGCCACAUCCUAGAGGUCCAACAUGUAACCAUUUUUACAGACCACAAGCCGCUUCUGUAUGCUUUCCUCCAGCGUCGAGAAAAACUGCCACCAGCACAAUUAAACCAAUUGUCGUUUAUAAGCCAAUUCACUACAGACAUUAAAUACAUAAAGGGAGAGGACAAUAUUGUUGCAGACGCAAUGUCUCGCGUUGACGCCAUUGCUCUCGAUCAGGACUGGGAAACGCUUGCAAAAUCACAGGAUACAGACCAAGAAUUAGCAAACAUAAUUCAACAAGGCUCUAGCCUGCAGUUAACCAAGGUCAAUAUUCCAGGAACCAACUUUAUCAUCACAUGUGAUAAGUCUACCGGCAAGCUUCGUCCUUAUUUGACCCCUUCCUUCCGAAAAGCUACGUUUGAUAAGCUACAUAGCUUAAGCCAUCCUGGUGCGCGAGCUUCCACCCGCCUCGUAACUGAACGCUACGUUUGGCCUUCCAUCAACAAGGACUGCAAGCAAUGGGCUCGUCAAUGCCUAGAGUGUCAGCGUUGUAAAGUAUCGCGUCAUAAUUCGUCCCCUCUUGGCAAUUUCGCAUUACCUCAGGCUCGUUUCAAACACGUCCACAUAGACAUUAUAGGUCCCUUACCGAUCUGCAACGACUAUCGGUACUGUCUGACUGCUAUUGACAGAGUUACAAAAUGGCCCGAAGUAUGGCCAAUGCGUUCGAUAACUGCAGAAGAGGUAGCAGAAACAUUUACCCGGGAAUGGAUUUCGCGUUUCGGCGUGCCUUCAGUUGUUACCACGGAUCAAGGGACUCAGUUCGAGUCUGACUUAUUUCGCCGACUGAUGGCACAAUAUGCCACCACCAGAGUCAGGACGACAGCUUAUCAUCCUUGUGCCAAUGGUAUGAUUGAACGGGUCCAUCGACAGUUAAAGGCAGCCAUUAUGUGUCACCAGGACUCAUGGGUCCGCUCCUUGCCUCUGGUUCUCCUCGGCAUGCGGUCUGCGUUUAAGGAAGACCUGAACGCCACAGCCGCCGAAAUGUUGUAUGGGGAACCUCUUCGCCUGCCCGGUGAGUUGACCGUCGAAACAGAUGAACCUGACCAAUUCGGAGACCCUGCUGAUUUUGUUGUACAGCUUCGACGUAAAAUGUCUGCUAUACGACCUAUCCCUGCAUCUCGGCAUUCAGAGCCAUCAAAAUUUAUAUUCAAGGACCUUUCCUUGUCAACGCACGUGUUCCUCAGGGAUGACUCCGUUAGACGACCACUACAGCCGCCAUAUUCUGGACCGUACCGUGUUGUCAGCCGCGCCAGUGAUGGAAAAACCAUUACUCUAGAGGUAAAUCACAAAACUGUGACCGUUAGUAUUGAUCGCGUGAAACCGGCACACAUGGAACAUGCAACUCAUACUUCUGACGAGCACAAUAACAGGUUCACAGAACCCACGACACACACAACCGUUAACCUCCCUAGGAGACCAAAAGAGCAUGAGAAGUCCAGGGACACCAGUCUAAACGCUCAUAAAUUGCCCUACACUACACGGUCCGGUAGACGUGUUAAAUUUAAGGAACUCCCCGAUUAUGAAUAGGUAAUCGGGUUAUCCCUCUCCGUGGGGGGGUGGUGUGGCGUUUCCGAACGCCACUGCGCUGGCAACCCGAGAAUUUUAUUAUGUUUUCAUAUAGACAUUUCUAAUCUAUGGAACACAUCCUUUUUUCCAACGGACACGAAUAAUUACUUUACAUAAAACGACUUUAUUAUAAAGCCUUCGAGUAAAC